AGGAACGCGAAUGCAAUAAAAUGCACCACAACCGGAACGCCGCUCCGGUGCGUUCGGCUGCAGCUCACCACUGUGUGUGAUAUCUGCCUCAGUGGUUUAAAUGUAGCGCAUGAAAGUGAAAAAUAUAACAACUUACUUUUCAUUGCAUAAUCAUAAAAACUGCGAUUUUAAUUCUGAAUCCUAAAUUACAUCGUACGAAAAAGAUCAUCUGCCCAGUGACCAGUCACGCUUCAAUGAUCACCUUGCUUCUGCAAGUUUGAAGUGAACCCCAUGUUUGGCAGGCGGACAGUAAUCAGCAGUUAUUUCAUUACCAUAAAGAAAAUACACUUUAUGCGAACAAUAGAAAGAAAAGACACACAUUCGAGUUACUAUGUGGGUUCCCUCAUCUUUUCAACCAUAAACAUCACCCAGGAUCUUCGUGCCCACAGAUUUAAGCCCGCACGGGCCACUGCAACCAGGGUUAUUUUCACUCAUGUAUACUUGCACUCACCCACCAGUAACUUUUAUGAAGUAUAUUGGGUGUACCUUGGGAAACAUCGUAAUCUUUUUUAAUUCAUGUUGACAGGCACGAAUGCACGAUGAGUAAACACGGCACAAACAUACCAAUGCGUCGAAAGUCCCACACAACAUUGAAUCUUGCUUUCAGACACCGUUAGCGGAUACUGUUGUUGGGAUUACUAUUAUUGGGCUGCAAUAUGGCAAAGGCGUUCUGCGUUAAAUAUCUCACUCCGAACGAUACGGAUAGUCGAGCAUGUUACCAAAUACAGUGUAUUGCAAAGGGAUACUCGACAGAAUUCUGCCAGAUAAAUGAUAAUAAAUAUAUACAGUACUUUGGUUUUGAAGAAGAUUAAUUCCGACCAGUACAUUGCUACCAAACGAAGAUGUUCUGCAAUUGUCCAUUGUAGUGUCGUCAUCAGCUGGAAAUAUAUCGCCCCGGGCAGCCAUGUUGUUAAAUACCGUGUUUCAAAAAAGUGUUCAACAGCAUUCCCCUGGUAAAAGAUAACAAAUACCUGGGAUUAAUAGUCCCAUUGACGAUACCAUUGAUGACAAAAGAAAACGUUCCGCAAUUGUUCUUUUAACAAAGGUUUCGUUUCCUGAGUAUACUGCAGCGAUAAUUACGCGAUAUUUUUUUCCUCGUCGGAUCGCUUGUGAGUUGUGACAGUAUCGUUCACGCGACGGCAACGGAUGAGCAGAAUGUAAACAAACCGAAUAUUAUUAAACACUUGACGAGGGUUAGUUCUGUAUUUUAUUCACGGAACAUCUGUAAAUCGUUUCGUGAAUGUCCCGGGAUUUAUUUUGGUGAUAUAUCCCGAGGAAUUCCCGUAUUUUGGCUUUUAUAUUGGAUUGUUUUGUCGUAUAUUACGACACAAUGAUGAACCAAAAUUGUCAUUUCGGGUUUUGCUACGCUGAAGUAGAAUCGACAACUUACAAAUGAAAGCUACAACGUUGUUCAGUCGCGCUUUGUUGUCAGCAAAUGCAAAACCAAGAUGCGGAUUUACUGCAAGGCCUUUAUUUGGAACAAUCUCUCGCAAGUAUUGCGAAAGCAAGGAACUACCAGAAAUACGGAAAAGUUAUAACGAUCUCAAGAACUUUGUACAAGAACGCUUCAAACCUAAUUUUCUCAUACAACAAGAGCACGUAUUCCCAGUCAACCAAACAGACCUGUCGCAGAUUGACAUCUAUGGAUUCGACUAUGACUACACGUUGGCAGAGUACUCCGACGACAUGCAAAUUUUCAUAUAUCAAACGGCAAGUAAAAUACUUUGCCAGAAAUACAAAUUUCCGGAGGAUAUCAUGAAAGAAAAGUACAAUCCAGAUUUCUGCGUUCGGGGUCUUCAUUACGAUAUCAAACGUGGACUGAUGAUGAAAAUUGAUGAACGACAUAUCGUGCAGUUGGACACUGUCUUUCAAGGCCGUAAGAAGUUAAAUUCAGAAGAAGCGCUCCGGCAGUUGGAAACCGUUCACAUCUCAAAGGAGGUUAUGGAUAGAUCAUGUUUUCGAGGAAGCGAAGUUCUGCAGCAAUUGACAGAUAUAUUCUCUUUGCCAGAAAUGUGUCUUCUGGCCAACGUCGUUGAAUAUUUCGCAUCAAAGUCGAUAAAAUUUGACUCGAUGAGAGUAUUUGAAAUGGUCGAACGUUCAGUGCGUGAAGUUCACACCGACGGGUACCUGUACGAGGAAGUAAAAGCCAACGUUGACAAAUAUUUACGAAAAGAUUGCUUGCUGCCUUUGAUCAGAAAAUUAGAGAAAGACAAAAAGAAGCUUUUUCUAUUAACAAACAGUCCAUACCCAUGCGUCAGUGUCGGUAUGCGCCACAUGUUGGGUGACUUCUGGAAGGAUGCAUUUGAAGUCAUUAUCGUAGAAGCCAACAAGCCAAAUUUUUUUGAUCAAAGACCACGGCCAUUCAAGACCUUACAGUUUCGAAAGUGUCGCUACAGAACUGUUUCUUGGGACACUAUCAAUGAAUUAAAAAAGGGAGAAAUCUACUGCGAAGGAUCCAGUGGUGAAUUGAUGAAACUCAUGGGAUGGGAUAAUCGACAGGUAAUGUACUUCGGCGAUCAGAUUUACGCCGAUUUGGAGACACCAAAUCUUUCAAGUGGAUGGUCAACAUGUGCUGUUAUUCACGAACUUAAGCAUGAAAUUGACAUAAUGAACUCACCUGGCUUUUACAGAAGCGUUGUAUGGGUACAAACUCUUGAAAGACUUAUCGACAGAGCGCAGGUUCACCAAGACGCAGAAUCACGGCAGCUUGUUCGUGACUGGCUUAUCGAACGUAAAAAUGUGAAGGCCGAUUUGAAAAAUGUUUUCAACAAAAAUUUCGGAUCAGUUUUUCGCACAUCUCUUCAGGGAAGUUAUUUUUCCUCAAGAUUAUGCCGGGUUGCUGAUAUAUAUACUUCUUCGGUAAUGAAUUUGUGCAAGUAUGGACCGGAUAAAAUUUUCUUCCCCCCAAGGGGCAGUCUUCCACACGAACAACUUGUCAGUGUUGCCUAUCGCCAUGAUGGCUUUGAUGCGGCAUUGGAAACUGCUUUAAAAACGUUGGAUUUUCUCAAACACGGGAUGACCAAGACACCGACCGAAAUUGACACAUGACAGUACAGUACAAUGUAUGAUGUGGCCUUAAACAUUGCAACACUUUCAGCUGUAACAUGUAAAAUUUCAUUUGUACCUUUCUGUUCUAUAUACCUAUUAACUUUUAUGCAGUGCGUUUGUUCAGAAUUUUGUACCGAAUACACUUUUUUGAAGACAA